AGCCAGUUCGGCGCAAGCGUAGCCCGACAGUACGCGCAGAAACAUCACCUUCUGUGCCGCCUGCGGCAGCGGGUGGCAGUCGAGUUACUUUAUCUCUUCAAUACUAUCUCACGCAUCGCCGCGCCAGCGGCCUUACAUAUCUUCGGAUCGGCUGCCUCCUGACAACCUCACGCAGCGCCGCGCCGGCGGCCCCACGGACACGUCCGCCGCCACACGGCCAGGCCAGUCCUGCUGCGCGCGGGGCACCAUGGCUGCGCUGCGGGCCUUCCGAGCGGACGCGCUGCCCGUCACCGUGCGGAACACCUUCAUCGAGGACCUGGCGGACCGUGCGCGGAGCCCGCGGCCCACCGCGCGGAGCUCCUCGAUGCCGCCGGCGCUCGACAGGGCCCCGCCGAGCAGACUCGGCGAGGCCGCGGCCGGCAGCGGCAGCGACGACGGCUGGUAUUCCGAGACCGAGGACGACACCGAGGACAGGACGACCGACGUGCCGGACAGCCGCGGCGCGGAGGAGUCGUCGAGCCGCGACACGGACGGCGGUGAGGGGCGCUCCUUCCCGGACACGGAGGACGAGUGGGAGAGCUGGGCGCGAGGCCCCCGCCGUGCCCUGCAGCCCCGGCCGCUCCGGCCCUGGGCCCAGGCGCCACAGGACACGGCGCCACGACGAGGCCGAGCCCGACGCGCCUGCCCAGGGGCCGCGGAGCCGCCGGUGCAGGCGGUGCCGCGGCCGCAUGGGCGACAGGUGCCCGUGCAUCGCCCGAGCGGACGCGCUGGCCGUCGCCGCAGGCACCCCCCGCGGACGCCCGGCGUUGCCCUCGCUGCCACGGCAGCACGCGCACGCCAUCGCGAUCCGCAGCCUGCCCGCGGACGUCAGGGAGGCGCCCAGGGCCAUGGCCGAGACGACCCUGAAGGUCUUCUGCGCCGAGGGGGGCGGAGGCAUCGUGGUGGAGCGCGCCGUGAGGAGGGGCCGGCGGAGCAGCCAGAGCGCACCCCCGCCGCCGGACUGCGGCGCCAGGGGAAGGCCCGCCGCGCCACGGGCGGGCCCGGGGUGCACGUUGCCGAGCAGCAGGGCGUGCGAAGGGCAGUCGGCCGCGGGCGACACCACGCCGACGCCGACGGAGUCCACUGGGGCCGCGUCGCCGCGCGAGGAGGCGACGGCGCUUCCCGCGCCGAGCCCGCCGCACGGCGCCCCCAACUUCGGCUUCGCGCUGCUGCAGUACAUGAGGAGUGUCCUGCAGAAGAACGUGUUCGUUGUCGGGGUCGCCAUUUCCGCCGGGGCCGCGGGCGGCUGGUGCGUGCGGCUGGGCGUGCACGAGCGAGACGCCUACCUGCAGGACCACGUGCUGGCGUGCGCGCAGGAGGCCAUCUUCGACGCCCUGGACGAGCUGGAGGCGCUGCGCGCCGGCGCGCCAGGGGGCGAGCGGCGUACCUUUCCCGAGACGGUGUUCGAAUUGAAGGUGGAGUGCGCAGGCUCCAGCUGGGUGUGCUGCUGAGGGGAAGCGCAGUCUCCUCAGCCGCUCGCGCGGAGCGUGUCAGGCAGUCAGCGGGGCCUCCGCCCACGUCCAGCUUCCUUCCUCCGCUCCGCAGCUGGUCCUGCCGCGCCCUCUGCAUGGUGGCAUGGUUCCCUUGUAAGUGGUCAAUCGGCGCGCCCAGUGCAACGUCCUGCUUGGAUUUGCCAACAGGGCACUGCUCAGCAUUCGAGACGCAACUUUGUAGAUUCUCUUCGGCUGAGAAUUUGAUCAUGGACGGCGCCUCCCCGCAUAUGUUAGACUUGUGGUUGCCAUUACGCUUGAAGUGCUGCCGACUGCUCUGCGGCAUGACGUUGCCUAUGGAGAUUGAUGCGAAGGUUCAGGCUCGGGGGCACGAGUGUGCGAAAAUAGCGACCAUGACAAGCUCGCGAAUCGCUGUUGAUCCUAGUAGCAGGUCACGGCUUACUUUUAGUUGUAGCAGCUAUCGCCGCUUGCUGACAGAGCAGCUGGACAGAGCUUUUCCGCGAUGGGGUUCCCAUUCGCCUUCUUUUGUCGAGGGUCUUAUUUCACAGGUCCGAAGAGAUGGUUGAUAGACACGUCCGGCGGUUUCCGAAAACAUGGCCCUGGUGCCAGCCACCAUUGUCGACGCGAUUCUGGGCUGUGUUUCCAUUGGGAUCCUGGGAGACCGAGCGAGUGUGAAGCUCUGGUCUCCACAGCACCCAGUCAUUUGGCAUCCCCCCAGUCGUGCUCGCACCCCCGGCUUCUUGCACGGCUUGUCUGGCGUUUGGUCUGCCCAGCGUUUUUCUAUCUUCGGCCGCGCUUAGCGGCCGUGGUUCAGGCCAAUCGUGACCAAUGAGUUUCACCGCCCGAGUCGAAUUCGGGGCGAAUCUCAGCCAUCCUCCAGGCGCGAACAGGCCUGAGAGGUUGCUCUUGGGACGGACAUGGAAUCUUUGGACGAACCUGGAAGAUGAGAGGC